AAAGAUCGACAAUUUCAGAUCAUUACGUGCUACAAAUCUGAAAGAUGGCCUCCGUAAAGUUUGCUGUUGUUGAUGUAAAUGAUUUUCUAACGAGAAAACAAUCUGCGGAACCUAGUUUAGCAACUGAAUGGGCGUCACUAGAAGAACUUUACAAUAAAAAAUUAUGGCAUCAAUUAACAUUGAAAUUGCAAGACUUCGUGAAAAGACCGGAACAAAAGAAAGGCGACAACUUAAUACAGCUAUACAAUAACUUCCUGAGCACCUUUGAGAACAAGAUCAACCCACUCUCCCUAAUCGAGAUAUGUGCGCACAUUGUAGAACAGUAUAGCAAUAAGAGAGAGGCGAUCACAUUCCUCGAGAAGAUGGAGCCUAAGGUCAAAAUGAAUGAUGAGGCCCUGACUUUGUGUAAGGUCCUGCAAGGUCAAAUAUACUUGGAACAGCUCAACGACCUGGAAGCAACAGAGAAGAUCAUUGAACAGCUGGAGGGCACGCUGGAGGACGCCGAUGUCGUCACACCAGUGCAUGGCAGGUUUUAUAAGCUGGCUUCGGAGUAUUACAGAGUGCGCGGGCCGAUGGCGCGCUACUACCGCUGCGCGCUGCGCUUCCUCGGCUGCAGCGGCGCGGGCGCGGCGCUGCCCGCCGCCGAGCGCCGCGUCUGCGCGCUGCGGCUCGCGCUCGCCGCCGUCCUCGCGCCCACUGUCUACGACCUCGGCGAGUUGCUGGCGCACCCGAUCCUGGAGUCGCUGGAGAACACGCCGGACGCGUGGGCCACGCAGCUGGUGGCGGCGGCGGACGCGGGCGACGUCGCGGGCUUCGAGCGCGUGCGCGCGCGCGCGCCGCAUCCGGAGCUGCAGCGCGCCGACGCGCAGCUCAACAUGAAGAUUGCCAUACUGUGUCUUAUGCAGAUGGCGUUCAACCGCACGUCAGCGCAACGCAAACUGACCUUCAGCGAGAUCGCUCGCCAAGCGCGAGUGCCGCACGACGAGGUGGAGCUGCUGGUCAUGAAGGCGCUGGCGGAGAAACUCAUCAGAGGUCACAUCGACCAGGUGAGCGAAACCGUGAGCAUCACGUGGGUGAGGCCGCGGGCGCUGCCACGCGCGGGCGCGGCCUCGCUGGCGCGCCGCCUGGACGCGUGGUGCACCGCCGUCGCCGCCGCCGCCACGCUGCUGCAGCGGCAGGCGCCCGACCUCCUCACACUAUAGAAAAUACAUUUUCAUCCUUGCGCAUCAUCCGAAGAGAGUCCUGGAGCUGGCCUUUCCAUACAAAUCCUAGUGUUUAUGUUUAUUAAUAAAUGUAUUAAUUUCUAA